AUGGUUUCCUUGGCUUUGGCUUUUUCGCUGAUGUGUCUGGCGAGAAGCUUUGUGAAAGAACUUGUGAGAAAGGAGACAGUGGAGCGCGUUGCUCCGGCUGAGGAAGAGCUACCAGAACUCUGGAACGCAACCAGUGUACACCGAGUACUACCAUGCAAGUACUGUUGCCCCGGUGGACUUCGAUCCCGGGAACAACGCACCUUCGAGUACAAGAGAACCUUUUUGGAAGCAGCAGGAAAGUACCUUUGGCUAAAAGUCUUCAUGGUUGUGGUUCUCAUGGGCAUGUCAUGGUUCAUGGUGUUUGAAGUGAACGAGACCUACGGCUACCCGUUGGCCACGAACCGCAUGCUGAACUACAGGAACAAGGUCCUCAGCCUCGAUAACAAGAACCCCAAGAAGAAGCAUGUGAUAAAGGAGAUUACCCCAGCGGAUGUUAACGAGAACGAGAUCAACGUCACGAGCUACCUCAAGAAGACGAACGUGUACUCCGAGUUCUACAAGAACAAAAGAAAAGGCGCUCUCAACAACGACAUCCUUGAGAAGAUCAACGCAGUUGAGAUGGAAAGUGAUCUUCACCAAAGAAUCGAAGUUAUCCUGGAUGCUGGCGCAGACGACGCACAAGGAAAAGCAAUAAAGACGGAAGGCAGAAGGAUGCUGAACUUAACGUUCUUUGAUGACGACGGAAGCUUUUGUCGCAUCCAGGAAGCCUUCACCGUUGCCUCGGUGAUCAACCCGCUGAUGGCCAUAGGCAAGCUGUUUCGAGAAGGUUGGGAGUUGCGAGUGAACGAAGAAGAAGGUAUGUGUCUUACAGAUGGAAGCUCAAGAAUACCAGUGCAUCUCCACAAGAACAGCUUGGCAGCCUACGCCUACGUACAAACUCCUUCAAGAAGCAGAAGUUACAGCAGCAACAACUACAAGAUGGUUCGCACAGUUGUUCAGCUCAACAAGCACGUUCAGGAAGCAGUGAACAGAGAAGAACCUGGUUGGCACAACACAGACAGCAUGGUGAUCGUGAAGUACGCCACUCAAAGCAGCUAUGAGAACCCAUCUCUCAUGUACAGCCCUACGCACUUUCCGUACAGAAGCACUUUGGUGAAAGAAGAGAGAGGAUGGAGAGCAGUUGAAGUUUCAAGAAAGUACUCCGAGAAGGCAGACCCUUUUGAAGAGUUUGCAGAAGGAGAAAAGGAAGUGGUUACAGCCAUUUCAGCAAAGCCAACUCCACUUUGGAUCCUUGGCACCCCCUACGCUGCUGGAGACCGAGCAGACCAAGAAAGUCAUGGUCGUGACUACUGGAGAAUGGACCUCGAGAAGGGAGAAGUUGUUCGUCACCACGUAGUAUCAAGAACUGUACUGUUUGACCCGACAGGAGUUGCCAACUGCCCUGUCCUCCUUGGAGAUCUCGAGAACAGCAGGUAUACCCAAGGAGACUGCAUUUACAGUACAGAGAUCUACGAACACAGCGACGACUGGAGAGCAGACCGCCUACCUCUACGUGAACACUUCCGUUUACCGUGGUUUGGUCAAACAAGGUUUCGUGUGAAGCCAGGAGUUGUUGAAGACCUAAAAGCAGAAGCUGCAGCAGAGGAGCUAAAGAAGAAGAAGGAAGAGCACUACAAAGAGAAGGAAGAUUCAGCAGCACCACCAGAAGCAGAGGAGAGUAAAGACGAAGAGAUGAGAGAAGCACCAGCAGACCAAGAAGCACCACAAGAAGUUGUUGAAGUUUUGGAGGAAAGCUUCUACCACGAAGGCGUCGAGUACACAGCGCAGAAAAGCAGUCUUAAGGAACUACAAGCACUUUGCAGAGAGUACAGAGUGAAGACAACAGGAAGCAAGAAGCAGCUCUUGAAGAGACUCGCCACAGCAGUCAGAGAAGAAAGGCUCAGCACGCAGCACAAGGAACAACGGGAACACCACCAAGCAUACCACCUAGCACCACCACAGGAACCAACGGAAGAGGAGAGAGCGUACCACAACUUGACGCACCUUCCGUAUCAGCCUUGGUGUCCCCAUUGCGUUGCUAUGAAAGCACGAGAAGACAACCACAAGAAAGGAUUGAGCAAGCCAAGCAGCUCUACGGAUUCCGCGAAGCCCGUCAUCAGUUUUGACUUUUGCUAUACAAGCACCACAGGAAGUGAAGAGCCACCAGCAGUGACUCUUGUCGCUGUGGACAGCUGGAGCAAGGCAGUUCUUGCGGAACCAAGCUCACCCAGCAAGCUACGAAAGCAGGUCAACAGAGCAGAAGAAACAGACGGUUACCUCAACAUGCCUCAUGAUGAUGAAGUCUACGAAGCAGAUGAUGAGUUUGUGUACGAGUCGGAAGAAGAAGAAGAAGAGGAUACAGAGAGUGAGCCAACAGAAGUUUUUACCAAGGUCCCUGUCGAGUUCUUCGACGAGGAGAAAGGACCACCGAACGUGGAUCCAGCUUUUCUUCAGAAGUUGGAUGAUGACAAGAGGUUAACGGUUAACAAAGAUGGGAGUUAUUUCGUUGGUUUCUACGGACCCUCAGGAAGCAACUGA